GUAUUACGCUCUGUAAAUCGCUGUGGCAGAGUUUCUCAUACCGAUGGCGCUGGACUUGGUCUGGCAAGUCACCAUGAGGAUUUUCUGCUUCUGGCUUUGGACUAGCUCUAUAAAGCUCUGUAUACUACAUGUGUUGUAGACCUGUACGUCAUGUAUCUCCAUGAUGUUGAGCGAUGUGUCGACUGUUUGAGUUGAAGAACAUAAUCUAGUCUGUAUUCUUUCGCCAUCUUGGUGAACUAUAGCUUGAACACCAUACCAUUCGUCAGCCGUCCACCACCACCAUGAGGUUUAUCAGCACACGUGGCAAAGCCAAGGCACAUACUUUUGAGGAAGCAGUUUUGUCACCAGGCUACCUGUCUGAUGGAGGGCUGCUCAUGCCAGAGACAAUCCCAAAGAUUUCCCAAACCUUACUGAAGUCUUGGAAGGGACUUUCCCUCCCAGAUCUAUGCAAGAAAGUCCUGCCAUUCUUCACUGAAGAUGACGUCGGCCAAGGAGAAUUAGAAGAAAUCAUUGAUAAAGCGUACUCUCGUCUUCCUGUGGAAGAGGUGGCAGCUCUGUCCUCAUUCUCCAAUGGUCUGAAUGUACUUGAGCUCUGCAAUACCAAGACGCUGGCCUUCAAGGACCUUUCCACAUUUAUCCUGGGCCGAUUCCUGGAAUAUUUCCUCAACAAAAAAAAGGAGCAUGUGACCAUCGUUGUUGGAACAUCUGGAGAUACAGGGCCAUCUUCUAUUGAGGCAGUCAGGGGUCUUGAUUGGAUUGACAUCGUUGUACUCUUCCCCCAUGGUUACUGUACACAUAUUCAAGAACUUCAAAUGAUUACAACAAUGGCAGAAAAUGUUCAUUGCAUAUCAGCGGAGGGCUCUUCGGACGAUCUUGAUCUCAUCAUCAAACCCGUCAUCUUAGACCAAGAGUUUAAGACACUCCAUAAUCUCUGCACCAUGAAUUCCAUCAAUAUGAUCAGAACUCUGGUACAGGUUGUUAACUUCUUCUAUGGCUAUCUGGCAAUCUGCAAGACGGUUGGGGAGACGGUGGAAAUCGUGGUUCCCACUGGAGCAGCGGGUCAUAUUACUGGUGGAUGUAUCGCGUACGCCAUGGGCUUGCCGGUUAAGUUAGUCUCAGCAGUCAACACCAAUGAUAUCAUACAUCGUACGAUUACACAUGGGGACUACUCCAAGGCAUCUCGGGUCAUAAAAACAUAUUCUGUUGCCAUGGAUAUACAGAUCCCAUACAACAUGGAGAGAAUUUUGUUCCUGUUCUCAAAUCAAGACGCUAGCCAAAUCAAGAAAGUCCUGGAGGAAUUUGAGAGUACUGACAAGACACAAAUCCCAAAGGAGACUCUAAUCAAGAUGCAAGAGGCCUGGUCUUCCUAUUCGUGUCAGGAUGAACAGAUAACCAAGACUAUGCAACGAUGCUGGCGGGAACACAAGUACCGUGUAUGUCCGCAUACAGCUGUGGCUGUCAGCUACUACUUUGACAAGAUUGACCGGCAUAGGAUGAAUAACCAGGACUCCAAUCUUGGGCCCACUGUUUGUUUUGCCACUGCUCAUCCAGCUAAGUUUCCAGAGGCUGCAAUUGCGGCUGGUUUGGAGCCUACGUCGACACCAUAUAUAGAGAGUCUAAGCUCAAUGCCAACACGAUUCACAGAGUUCAAAGAGGGACAGGACUGGGUUCAAAUGCUACGGGAGAAAAUUGAGGACAUCAGCAGACGCCUGUAGAGUUUCUAGUCAAUUGAGGCUGGUUUGGAGCCUAAGCCUAAUCAAGGGCAUUUUAAACUUUCCCUAAAAAUAAACAAAAUUUUAAAAGAUUACUUUUGACAAUUUUAAAUGAUAUAUAUAUAAUGUAUAUUAAAUGAGUUGUAAAGUUAAAACCAAGAUACAAAACGAACACACUGAUUUAUUGGUUUUAAAAACAACGAAAUACUAGUGUGUUCCGCAUAACUUUAUUGUUCACUUAUUUGUUCUGAAAUUUAAUCUAAUUAUUGCAUUGUGGUUCCCGGAUUAAGGAGAAUGAAUUGAAAUGUUUACAUCGCUAAUGAAACAUACGAUUUAUACGGCAUUGUUCGUUACCCUAAUCAAUAUAGUCCCAUUUCAGUUGUAUCAACUGUAAUGAAAAAUGUUGAGCGUAUUGUUCAUAAUAAAUUGCUAAUAAAGUUUUGCUCAGCACAGGAGUAGUCGGGCUUCAGAUCUCUUCAUUCCGCUUAUUCAGCAAUGCUUGUUGACAUCUGAAAUAUUAUAUAUGAUGACCCUUGGCUAACCUUGAAUGCUUGACAGAUUUAAAUCUGAAAAGAAGUUGAAUCGGGUGUGUAGUUCUUGAGAUAUGGUCACACUUCCGGUUGACCCGAAAGUAAAGGUCAACAUGGGGUCACGGUUGCCCAA